CAGCUCUAGCUAUGCCCGACAUCAAUUCGCUCCCUCCUCCACGAUCCACCUCUGCAUCUCCACUGCAGACCCGAAUGGCCCAAACAAUCCCCAGCAGCGAUGGCGCCCCCAGGCCUGCCACGCCGCCCACCUCCCACUCGCCGCCCCGCUCGCUCGUCGCCGCGGCUGCCAUGAACGCUGGCAUGCAGAACGAAGAGUCACGCCGGCCCUCUGGUAGCCCCAUGCGUCGCGAGGUAGAACGCGCUCGCCGACGCUCUUCAGUGCGUUUAGUAGUGCAACGGGAAGACCCCACACUACCGUCCCCAGGAGAGCUGCAACCGAUGAGCCCUUCGACACGAACCCGCGCCCCAGGCUUCCCGCCCAGCCCCCAUCACGAGCGGGCGCCGAGUCUGGGAGAGCUGCAUCAGGAACUAGAGUCUGAGCAGGAAGGCCAGGUGAACCGCCUUCUGAACAUGAUCCGCCAAGAGCACCAUGCGCUCAGCAACCAGCGAACCAGUCACGCCCUCCCAAGCCACUCUUCUUCAGCUGUCAUCGAUGACGGCCCUCCACAGCCGACACGCUCGCCGUCGCUUCCUCGCUCUGGAUACGCUUCACAGCAGAACAUGUCACACCCACAAGCCAGUCCUUUGAUCCCUCGUUCUCGCUCGCCUUUGCCAGCAUACAACAGCCCGUCCCGGCAAUCGUCCCUCCACAACCAGUCCCAGAGCAGCAGCCACGCAGGCUCGCCUGCUAUUCGGCCCGUGUCGGCAGCAUUGGGAAGUCAAAACGAGAGCAGCGAGUUCUUACUUGGGACUCCGGCUAAUGCUAGGGACGAGAGUGCUUUCUACCAGGCGGAGACACAAACGUUGACAAGGGAGAACCAGAUGCUCAAGCUGAGAAUACGCGAACUUGAGCGACAAAUGGCUGAGCUCAACCCGACGUCUCCCAUCGCUCAUACCCCUGUCGUGACUUCCCAUUUGGGAAGGACUCCAUCCUUUAGUGGCGAACCUAGACAAGUCGACGACACGAAGAUAGAAGGUCGAGAGUGGAGCACAUGAGUGCUUGU